ACAUGGCGUAUCGCAGUCUCACAUUCAACGCAAACAAGUACAAAAGAAUAUCACAGCUGAUUUAAUUGACAAAGGAAUUGUUAAGCUUUUGCACACAUUUCGUAUUCAAUUCUGCUAAAAUAUUGAGGUAAAAUAAAAAAAAUUUAAUUAUGAAAAGCAUAUUAAAUCAAAACAAUGCACAUUAUCUGCCUUAAAAGUUGCUUCUCGCAGUUUUACCUGCGCUACGUUACCCGCACCGCACGGUACCACUUCAUUGAUCGAGACUUCUGUUAAAAUAUUUCGAAUUUAUUUAAUUUAAUAACUGCCGUCAUAAAUUUACGAAAAAUAAUUUGCAUGAUAGGAAGAUGGAAGCUUGGCGCAGAAUUGGCGAACAAAUGGGAAUAUCAGCGUGAUUAUUUUCACUUAUUGACGUAGAAAUUUGGUUUUUAAUGCAGAUAAAUUGUGCAUGAGACGAUGGACCACUUUGCGUGAUAAGUAUGUGAGAUUGAAAAGAAAGAUGCGCUCACUAUCACCUGAUGAAACUUUACAAGAUUGGCCAUGGCCGCUGCUCGAUUUAAUGGAAUUUUUAGCUCCGCAUAUAAUUUCUCGUCCAAAUCGUUAUUCUUAUGAUAUUGUGAGCGUUGAUUUCGAACCAGGUAAAAGUCCUUUCUCCGAGGAGCCUUCAAUGAGUGAUACUUUUCCAAAAUUUGCUAAAUCGUUGCCAUUAACAUCGCCUACGGAAUCGCCGGCUGAGCAACCGCCAGAGAGAAAGAGAAAGAAAAGACUAGAAGAAUUUAAGAUGGAUAAUACCGAUGCAAUUAUUGAUACGGUUACCGAUUCGGACAAUGAACCCAUCAUCGGUACCGUCGAAACACCUAAAAAAGAAGUAGAAAUUAAAAAUACGUCUCUCAGAGGUUUUGGCCAAAUGAUUCUUGGUUUAAUGAGCGACAUGGACCAACGAAAGCAAUUAAUGGCAAUCAAAAGUAUAACGGAUGUUGUAACAAAAAUAAUGCUUGAGCCGGAGGAAACGACAGAGAAUGAUUUUUUUGAAAAUACAGAAUAAAUCUA